CCUUCUUUUUUCGCUUCAAAAAACGAGAACCAACUUGUGUUUAAAGUUACAUCUAACAAACCCCCAAACUACAUUCAAAAUGCGUUUCGCUGGAGCCGUUAUCUUCGCUGGUGCCGCCAUGGCCGGAAGCACCAUCUACGAGACUGACUACAAGACCAUCACGUCUUGCGGUCCUACUGUCACUGACUGCCCGGCCCGAUCCACCUCGGUCGAGUCUCCCACCGGCCCUGGCGGUUACCCCGUUCUUUCCACCCCCGUUGUCUCGACCCCGGUCAUCUCUACCACCACCACCGAGGCUCCCGUCGGCAGCACCUCCGUCGUCUCUAGCAGCAGCAUUGUCAGCAGCUCUACCUUCGGCAACAGCACCAUCCCCGGCUACCCUACCGGCGGUCUCUCUACCUCGGUCGAGACCCCCACUGCCAGUGUUUCCACCGCCGUUGCCACCCCCAGCUCUGCUCUGCCCCCUUACCCUACUCUGAGCACCAAGACUGGCGAGGCUCCCCCCUCGUACCCUACCACCGUCAUCCCCUUCACCUACACCACCUGUGUACCUACCACCUCCGUCAGCUACUCGACCGUCACGGUGACUCCCUCCGUCCCCGUUGGUACCGGUUCCACCCCCAGCUACCCCACCAGUGGCUCUCCUUCCAACCCCCCUGCCGUCCCCUCUUCUCCCUCUGGCAGCCCGCCGAUCCCCACUGCCGGUGCUUCCACCAUGGCCAGCUCCGGCCUCCUAGCCGCCGCUGCCGGCGUUGCCGCUCUUCUCUUCGCUUAAGCGAGCCCAAGUUCUUUUUCUUUUUUCUCAAUUUUUCUUGGUCCAUUUCUCUGUUGAAAUGAGUUUCCAGAGCCACGAAUAACCAUACCUAUUUUGGGGCGAUGGGGGGUUUUGGGGGGGAAACAAGGACGGAACAGUAUGAGGCGUGUGGGUGUUUGUUGUUGUGAAUAACAUCAACCACUGUUUUGGGAAGAGAGAGAGAGAGAGAUUAAAGAAACGGGGGUUCGGCUUGCGCCGAUUUAACGUGUAACUUAAUCCUUAAUUGUAUUUUAUGGGGCCCCCCUUCGGAUGAGGCCUUCACGAACUUCCAAAAGCUACAGCUAUAACUUCCAUCUGAAGGUCCUAUAUUUGCAAUUAUUUUUGAUCUGUUUUGUUUUUUCUUUUUCUUUGUUGAUACCUAUUGAUUGAUUUGUUCCUUCGCUUCUUACCAACAACUAUGGAUACAUAAUGAAUAUAUGUAUCCCACUUA